GUGCAGUGCGUCGAGCUCGCCCCUCGUCAGCUGAAAAACAACUCGACACCGCUCACUCUGCUGCUUCACUGUAGAGUCCCAGCCCACUGACCGAGGAGCACAUCCACACCUGCGUUUCAUGUCCCGGGUCAUCUUGGUGAUAUCGCCCCGAAUAAUAUUUGUCGAGGAGUCUGACAACAUGACAAACCUGUCGGGUCUGUAUUUUCUGCAAGGGAACGCUGUCCUGCUUGCCUUUGCGAUGCUGGUGUGGUGCUGUCCCACCACGCAGGUAACGCUGCAUCGGGACCGCAGGGUUGUGGCGGUAGACGACCCCCUGGUUGACGGCGUCCGAUCUGAUGGCCACUCGAGCUCGUUGCUGGUCUCUGGGGUUGGAACUUCAGUCAUGCCGUCGUCAGUCGUUGUCGACACUCACCGGCAGGUAUACAACAGGGAGUCGGUGUCGGGUGGGACACGGUCGUCGGGGAAUGACGUCCCCAGUGGAGUGUACAAUUCCAUGCAUCUUGACUCCACGAAAUUCCCGUCGGUGAGACCUUCCACAAGAGAAAUCAUUGAGAAACAGUGGGGAGGUGGGCCUAGAGAAAGUACAGGAAGGGGGCAAUCGCCAUCGGGACACACGCGGACAGGAGCAUUACAUAAAUCAGGAGCCGCCGCCCUUGGAAACACCGGCAAAGGUGUCGGGAAGGGUACCCAAGAGUCGUCUGAUCUACCUCCAGAGGCCGAUGGAGGAGGGGGUAGAGGAAUGGAUGUAAUUGGAGCAAUACCAGGAGAAGGGAAUAAUGAACCAUCGGAAAGAAUCAUAGACGACUCACCGAUAGCAGGAGGGGGAAUCGACGUCGACGGAGCUGUGAAAUACGACGUCCCGAAGCAGACGACGUGUGAGAAAUGCAAGAAACAGCGCGACGAAGAGCUCCUGGAGCAGUACGAUCCCAACGCCCUGAUGCAGCUUCGUAUAGAAUCCAUCAAACGCCGCAUCCUUGACAAACUCCGGAUGGAACGCCCCCCUCAAGUCAACAUGAGUUCAAUCAACGUCCCAGCGCCUCUGUCCGAGGGUGCUUUCAUAGCUGAAGGCGAGGAGGAAGUUAGGCAUCAUGUCCAUCAAGUUCCCAGUGAUGCAGAGGAAGAUUACGAUACAUCGGAGGAUUAUUAUGGAAAGACAACCAGGGUUAUCAUAACGGCCAAAGCAGAAGCACCGCCAUGUCCCAUGACUUCUAUGGCAUCGUCAUGCUUUGAGUUCGAUAUAUCGGGAAUAGUUCGAUCAAGAAUCGCUUCAGCAGAAAUCUGGUUGUACUGGAACGGUCAGAGUUCAUCCACCUCUCCCACAAAUCAUACCUUGAUAAUCUCACAAUUAUCAGGACAUGGAUUGAGGACUAGUAGACCAAUCUUAAAUCACCAGGUUCCAGCCUCACAACCUGCGGGAUGGAUCACAGUCGACAUCAAACACACUGUACGUAGAUGGCGCUCUCAUUCCCGCCUUGAUCAGGUGGUGAAGAUCACGUGUCCAACGUGUGACUCUAACGACAUUUUACCUUUCGCGGCCGAAGAAAGCUACCGGCCAUUCAUCGUCGUUCGCGUCGCAGAGGAAACGACGUCGCGACGGCGACGGAACGUCAAUUGCGACGCCAACACCACCGAAUGUUGCCGUCAAAUAUUCCGCGUUGAAUUCCAAGACCUAGGAUGGGACUGGGUGAUUUCUCCGCGUGGUUUCAACGCCAAUUACUGUCGGGGAUCGUGCGCAAGCUUUAACAGCCCGUCACUGACGCACACGAGCAUCAUGCACACGGCGAGAUCGAAAAAACCUGAAUACAACAUUCCAAGACCUUGUUGUGCGCCCAGAAGCUCGGGGACGCUUUCCAUGAUCUAUAUGAACGAAGAUGGCCAAUUCUACACCGUGGACAUGCCAGAAAUGAAGAUCCUUAGCUGUGGCUGUUCGUGAGGGCGCUAUCCAUUUCCGUCGACAGUGCUGUGUUCCUUUAAGUGUAAGGUCCUAAAAUGCAAAUGCGGUGCUUAUACUGUAUGAGAAAGUUUGGCAUUGAAUACAUGACUGCACCGAUAGCUUCCGAGCGAGCAGAGAGAUACCCUUCUUCUCUACUCUGAGCAGGGAUUGUUCGAGCCUCGGUACAAAUCCCGCUGGUCGUGUAACUUCACUGCAUAUGGAACUUGAAUCUAAUUGCUUAUUCAGUUUGGUACGAGUUCUGUUGAUAUUCAUGUAAAGCAUGUAAAACAUUUGGUUGCGAUUUCUAAUAUGUACUUUUGUCCAAGUUCGUAUUAAAAGUCAUUUCUUAAGAAAUGGAAACGUUUUGAAUUAUAGGCACGUUAAGGUGAGCUCAGUUUCCUAUCUGUAUCCAAUAGUACGAAUAGGAACGUUCUAUUGUUACGGAUGCCGCGAGGGACUACCUGCUUUAAGCAUAGUAGAUUAUGUCGAGGGAAUAUGUGUAUCAAAUUUACACAAUCGAAUUUGAAUGCUAAUGUUUAAAGCCAUUUUAUGUUGCAUUUUUCUCAGUGGUUGCCAUAUUCCUUGAUUAACUUGGGUGAAUUUAUUGGUGCAGUAAAAUGUAUGGAAAAUCUCCUACCCUCCUUGAAACUUGUAAGGCAAGCAACUAUCUUAGUUGUACCACUAAAGGCCUGUACCAAGAUAAAGCAGCAAUGUUGUUGGCUUAUUAUUACCAAAGGCCAGCAUUUAAACAGGAAUGUAAUCACUGCGGAGCUAUGUGUGCUAUAGGGAGAGAGUGUUAUGAAGAUAUUAAUUUCAGUCUUUCAUGAAAAGGAGCAAAUAAUUAUUUAAGUGCUCUGGGAAUUUAUUUCAAACCAAUUCUUUCCAGAAUACUCAACAUUUCUUAGAUAACUAAUUUUCUUGAGGGUACCAUCAGUUCCUAUUAACAGGGAAAUCUAAAAUGACCCCUUGAAGUUCCUCAAUAUCAUCAGACCUUGCCAUAUAUCCUUUGGUAAUGAUAAUCUUUUAUCUCUUGUACCUUUCAGAGUUACCAUGGUUACAUAUAAUUGUAUACUUUCCAUUCCAGUGGGUUUUUAAGGAAAAAUAAAGCGAGUAGUCAUUUCCGUGUGGGUGCUCCUAAUGGCAAUUUAUCUUUCCAGCUUUUCCUUUACCUGAUCACCUUAUUAUUACACAAUGAAUGUUCCUAUCGUUAUAUUUUUCAUGGGAUUAUGUUCCUUACCCAUAAUGACUAAAUAACGAGGUACUUUCCCCGAAACAAAAAUAAAAUAUGCUACUGAAUUGGAGGAAUUGAACGAUUAAUUUUGUGACGUAAGGUGGUGAGGUCACAGACUUGGAUACCUGGAGAGUGUAAUUCAUUGUAAGAAUCACAGUCUCGUAAUGUCUUAGAUGUGGUAUGUUAUAGUGUGAUGUGUUUCGGUGAUGGGGCAGAGUUAAGAGAAAGGUGUCGCACAGUGUAGAAACAGUGGGGCACAGUUGCAUGCAGUCUGAACAUACCAGAAAGCACAGUUGGAAAUUAUGUGAAAACGAUUGGUAAUUGAUCAUGAUAGUUCAUCUGUUGGUUGAAAAUAGCGAAAAGUUGAACUUUAAGUUUUCCUUACGAUUGAAAAACAAUGUGAACGCGCUUGCAAAACGAUAUGAAUACGAUUGCAGAACAAUGCGACACUACAGGAAAACAAUGUGAACAAAUAUGGACAACGGUGUGGA